UAUUAAUUUAGUAAAUAGAAAAGAUUUAGGUAAGUGGACUUUCACGCCUCACUUCAAGUUAACGCCGCGCAUCUAUCAUCUCUCCACUCACCCUCUCGUCUCGGCCUCUCAUCUCACCUUCACGCCGUCGCCGGCGCUCAUCUCCGAUCGUCUCUCCCUUUCAGCUCAUCUCCGCUCGCGCUCGGCUCUCCCUCUCAGUCUACCAUCUUCGACUAUCAGUCUCCGAAGUCUGAAUCUCCCUUGUUAGUGAUUAUUUAUUUUUCCAAGAGGGUCGCGAGUGAGGUCGGAUCGAUCACGAGAAGAAAGCGCCAACGAAUCUGAAUUAGGCGGGAGAGGUUAGCAGAAGCGUAGAAGGAUAGGCUUUUUUAUUUUGAGUAGGCUCUGAAGACUCCGAAGGAGGAGUCUUGGAAUACCUGCAGCGCACCGAUAUCCUGUUUUUCCAGAGUUUGCACAAUGACCAGCACUGAGGCAGGAAUGGGUGAGUCUACAGAACCGAAGAAGAUUUCCUCUGCCAGCAAUGCAGCUCGGGCAUCUCCAUCCAUGUUCAGAAGAUGGGGAAGAAGACACCCAUUUAUCAGAUAUGGACUUCCAAUGAUCUCUCUCACUGUGCUUGGGGCAGUUGGUCUUGGUCAUCUCUUGCAAGGAAGUAAAGAUAUUGCCAAGGUAAAAGAUGAUCAAGAAUGGGAGAUCACUGAGAUGAGAGAAGCCCUAUCAAGAACAGGACCUAUUGAUGCGUAUAAGCCCAAAAAUAUAUCUUUAGAAGAAGAACUAAGGGCUUUACAAGAACAGGUGGACAUUAACAACUAUGAGUACAAGAGAAUUCCAAGGCCCACUGAUCGGACAUCUUAAAACUUUGCCCUCCAAAUUGCAUACAAAACUUCUUACUCAGCAGGCAGGUUGUACUUCUCGUUUAUCCUCCCAUUGCUCACAACAUCGGCCAGGUUUAUUUCCACGUGUCCCAACGAUUCCUACAAUGUCCAUAUAAUGUAUAGUUCCAAAGUCCAGAUUAUUUAAAAUAAAGCAAGCUUCUUUUUAAUAAAAUUUUAAAUUUAGUCUUGUGUAAUUGUUUUCAAUUAAUAUUUGGUUAAAUGAUAAUAAUAGGUUAAAUUAUUUCUUGCAA